AUGGAUAUCCACGGUCCAUGUUGUCCCCAAGAAGGGUGGGAUUACGGUAGUGAAGAAUGCACAUGGAGAGCUCAUUUCCACCCGGACCGUAACCGGGUGGCGCAUGUGUAUCGACUAUCGCCAACUCAAUCUUUCUACAAAAAAAACCACUUUCCUUUACCAUUUAUUGAUCAAAUGCUUAAACUGCUAACCAAACACAAGUAUUUUAGCUUUCUUGAUGGGUAUUCCGGGUUUUUCCAAAUUCCCAUAAACCCGGAAGACCAAGAGAAAACUACAUUUACUUGCCCUUAUGGGACAUUUGCCUAUAGGAGGGUGCCUUUCGGGCUUUGCAAUGCCCCCGGGACGUUCCAAAGGUGCAUGAUGAGUAUCUUUGGUGACAUGCUCGAGGAAGAAAUUGAAGUGUUCAUGGACGACUUCUCGGUGGGGGGUGCUUGUUAUGACGAGUGCCUCAUCAAUCUUGGAAAGUGUCUUGAGAGGUGUGAAAAGGUUAACAUGGUUUUCAAUUGGGAAAAAUGCCACUUCAUGGUGGAGGAAGGAAUUGUUCUAGGGCACAAGGUCUCUCACCAUGGUAUAGAGGUAGAUAGAGCGAAAAUCGAAGUCAUAGAGAAGUUGCCUCCCCCGGUGAAUGUUAAGGGGAUCCGGUUCUUUCUUGGGCAUGCCGGAUUCUAUAGGAGGUUCAUUAAAGACUUUCGAUUGAUUACUCAGCCUCUCACAAACCUUCUCCAAAAGGAAUGUGACUUUCACUUUGAUGCCGCGUGUCUCAAGGCCUUCAACACAAUCAAGGGUGCCCUUAUUUCUACUCCUAUAGUUCAAGCUCCGGAUUGGUCUCUUCCUUUCGAGUUGAUGUGUGACGCAAGUGAUUUCUCGGUUGGGGGAGUCCUUGGUCAACGAAAAGACAAAAAGCUUCAUGUGAUCUAUUAUAUGUCUAAGACUCUUAAUCAAGCACAAGCCAACUACACCACGACCGAGAAGGAAUUUCUCUCCAUUGUGCAUGCCUUUGAAAAGUGUAGGACCUAUUUGGUAGGGUCAAAGACAAUUGUGUACACGGAUCAUGCGGCUAUUCGAUAUCUUAUGGCGAAAAAAGAGGCCAAACCGAGACUCAUUCAAUUCGACAUCGAGAUUAGAGAUAAAAAAGGAGCCGAGAAUGUGGUGGCCGACCACCUAUCUAGGCUAGAACUUGGGAGUGAGGUUCCGGAUGAUGUGCCAAUUGAGGAUGCUUUGAGAGAUGAUACCUUGUACAUGGUUGAAAGUUCCCAAUUCCCUUGGUUCGUUGACAUUGUGAAUUACUUGGCUUGUGGGGCGAUCCCCGAAGAUCUCACAACUCAAGAACGCCGCAAGUUGAAGUAUGAUGCUAGGUGCUAUAUUUGGGAUGAGCCCACAUUGUUGAGACGGUGCCCGGAUGGCCUUUUAAGGAGGUGUGUCCCGGAUGAGGAGUUCCCUAGUGUGCUUCCCUCCCCUUGUGGUGGACAUAUGGGAGGUGAUAGAACCGCUUCCAAGAUUCUUCAAAAGUUGGAGGUUUUCGAUGUGUGGGGAAUCGACUUCAUGGGUCCUUUCCCUUCUUCUUAUGGCAACCUCUACAUCCUUGUAGCGGUUGACUAUGUUUCCAAGUGGGCGGAAGCCAUUGUCUCUCCCACUAACGAUCACAAAGUGGUUAUCAACCUCUUUAAGAAGAUCAUCUUUCCGUAUUUUGGGGUUCCUAGGGCUUUGAUUAGUGAUGGGGGAUCCCAUUUUGCCCAUGGUAAGUUCAAGGCUCUCUUGCGGAAGUAUGGUGUUCGUCACAAAGUUGGUGUGGGCUAUCAUCCUCAAACUAGCGGCCAAGUGGAAGUCACCAAUAGGGAGAUCAAGUCUAUUUUAGAAAAGUCGGUUGCCAAGAACCGCAAGGAUUGGUCCAUCAAACUUGAUGACGCCUUAUGGGCGUAUAGAAAGGCUUUCAAAACGCCGAUUGGGAUGACUCCUUACAAACUUAUUUAUGGCACGAAUUGCCACUUGCCGGUGGAGCUUGAGCACAAGGCCAUGUGGGCCAUCAAAACUUUGAAUUUCGAGCUCACUAGUGCGGGUGAGCGGCGCUUGCUCGACCUCCAUGAGCUAGAGGAGCUCCGCAUGAAUGCCUAUGACUCGGCGAGCAUUUACAAAGCCCGUUCUAAACAAUAUCAUGACGCCAAGAUCGAAAAGAGAGAGUUCAUGGAGGGGGAGAAGGUCCUCCUUUAUAACUCCCGCUUGAAGUUGUUCCCGGGAAAACUCAGAUCCUGGUGGAGCGGUCCAUUCGAUGUUAUUCGGGUCUUCCCCCAUGGUGCAAUCGAGAUUCGGAAUGAUGAUUCCGGGUCCUUCAAAGUGAAUGGGCAUCGGCUCACGCACUAUUACUUGGGAGACUCUAUUGGCUCUUUUGCUUCCUUGGACCUCAAAGACCCCCUGUAG